UCCUCCUCCUCCUCCUCCUCCUCCUCCUCCUCUCUCUCUCUCUCUCUCUCUCUCUCUCCCUCCUCAUUGCCAUAACAACGGAUGCAGCGCAUCAGUCCGCGCGGGAUCAACAUUCAGCAGCCGCGCGGGGCGGAAUAAACCCGCACCGUUGCCGUUAAGACCCCUCAAAGGUGACACGCACGCACGCGCCUCUCCGAACUAUUUACGUCAAACCGUUUAAACUGCUUGAGGGAGACGAGCGCAGGCGGGAGAUCCUCACUGGGGUUAUUAGCCAACAGUACGACCAGGGAAGGCGAGGGAAGAAAGAGAACCAGAGAGCAGGAAGUGCAGCGUGGGAAAGCGGGGGAAAUCUCCGGGGAUCUCCAGCGCUAACAUAUCCAUCUACGGUCCUCCCCGCUUUUUUCCGCCAUGGCUCGGGAGAACGGAGAGACCGGAGGGGAUUGCACGUGGAAGAAGCAGGUCGAUGAUAUCAAAGAGAUGUUUGAAUUCAAGGAGGUGCUCGGGACGGGUGCAUUUUCAGAAGUGGUCCUGGCAGAGGAGAGGUCCACAGGAAAGAUGUUCGCUGUGAAGUGCAUCCCUAAAAAAGCGCUGAAGGGGAAGGAGAGUAGCAUCGAGAAUGAGAUUGCCGUUCUACGCAAAAUUAAGCAUGAGAACAUAGUGGCGCUGGAGGACAUCUGUGAAAGCCCCAAUCACCUCUACCUUAUAAUGCAGCUUGUGUCUGGAGGCGAGUUGUUCGACCGGAUUGUGGAGAAAGGUUUCUACACUGAGAAAGAUGCCAGUACACUUAUCAGACAAGUACUUGAUGCUGUAAACUACCUCCACAGUAUGGGCAUUGUACACAGAGAUCUAAAGCCAGAGAAUCUGCUCUAUUUCAACCCUCAAGAUGCCUCAAAAAUCAUGAUCAGUGAUUUCGGUCUGUCUAAGAUGGAGGGGACAGGUGAUGUCAUGUCAACAGCCUGUGGAACGCCGGGAUACGUGGCUCCAGAAGUUCUUGCUCAGAAACCGUACAGUAAAGCUGUGGACUGCUGGUCUAUCGGCGUCAUUGCCUACAUCCUACUGUGUGGUUACCCUCCCUUUUAUGAUGAGAAUGACUCCAAACUCUUUGAGCAGAUCCUGAAAGCGGACUAUGAGUUUGAUGCGCCGUACUGGGAUGAUAUAUCUGAUUCAGCAAAAAACUUCAUCAGUUGUUUGAUGGAAAAGGACCCCUCAAAGCGAUACACAUGUGAACAGGCCCUUCGACAUCCCUGGAUCGCGGGAGACACUGCACUCUGCAAGAACAUCCAUGAGUCCGUCAGUCGACAAAUGCGCAAAAACUUUGCAAAAAGCAAAUGGAGACAAGCCUUCAACGCCACGGCCGUGGUUCGCCACAUGAGGAGACUGCAGUUGGGCAGUAGCAUGGGGAGCAGCAUGGACCAAUCGAGCAACACCAACCAGAACCGCAUACUGAACGCCAAUCAGACUCCAACCCUACCACCCAACACCACAACAAACACCACUUCAGUACUUACUCAAAACCACAAACCUGCACCCAACGCAAAUGCUGUUCUCAUUAAUGAUAUGGCCACAGGAACCACCUCUGUACCAUGCAAAGACUGUACUGCCCCUCCACAAACUUCCUGUUCCCUGGCAUCAGCUGCUUCCUCCUCUGCCUCAGGGGCGGAGCCCUGCAGGCCACUCCCUCCUUCAGUUGCGUCUGUGAGUACAGUGUUAACUGGGACCAAGUGACGCCAGGUUCUGCGGGGAGAGAGCUGGGAGGCCACCGCCCUGUGAGCCCCGCCCCUCAGCCCAUUCCCCGCCCUGCCGUCCAGUAAGGCAGAGGACUGACCCAUUACUAUAGCAAACACUGAAAGGCUAAAAAGACUGCACGCACCUAAUGCACACCUGCCAUUUAACCUCCAGGCCACUAGAGGGUGCAAUGCAUGCAGCGACAGGAGACGAAAAUGUCUGGAAGGCGGCUUCCAUUUUAAGAAGUGAAUUUGUGCAGAUAGACAGAACUGUUAUGUCUUUGCUAUGAAUGUGCUACGAACCUCGCCAGCCAUGGAAAAAAAAAACGAAGAGCCCAGAGGUUUAGGUACGAAAGUGUGCAUGAUUGUGUCCGCCCUUAUAAGAGGAAGGCGCCAAUGUCGAAUGUUUCUUCUUACUAUAUCGUAAUAUGUCUAGCUAAUCCCUCUUUUCACUUUCUCUAUCUACU